AUGACUCAUGGCAUAGGCGGGAUAUCCCACGGAGGCGGGGGCGGUGGAGGGGGAUUCAGUGGCGGCGGCUGGGGUGCCACAACUAUCACUCACGUGCACACGUCAUCGAGCAGACGACGGGGUAGCAAUGGUGCCAACAACGCAGACGAUAGCUGUGCCCUUUGUUGGCUUAUUGGCUUCCUGUUGUGUCUAGUAAAGAUGCCGUCAAAGACUCGCGUCAUACUCACGUGGAUUUAUGUGAUAGUUGCCAUCGUCGUUUCCGGCGUUUUAAUUGCAAAGCACCACGGAAGUAGAAGUAUUUCCGUAUCGCCAUCAGAUGAGAGAUUUAUUUCACCUCAGUCCGUGACGUUUUGUCAGUCAAUGGUUUUGGACUAUUAUCAGUUAAUAGACUAUUUUGUGUUUGAAAAGGAACCAGAUAUUAUAACAAACAACCGUACUUAUGUAACUAAAUCAGUCUCAUCAUGCGUUUGGAGGGAUACGUAUGAAUUUUGGGGCUUCUAUAUGCUUUCCGGCUCCGAUCUUGGAAUUUCGUUUACUUCAGACAUUGGAUAUAUGACGUUUUACCUUAUUAAAGGUGACGGUAACUUCAACAAAUGGAAAGACAACAGUGACUGUGAUGACUGUUAUCUGGUGAAGCGCCAGUGGAUGAGUGAUUCAUUCAACUAUUCAAUCCCGUCUUCCGACCAGUAUUACGCGGUAUAUGCCAACGACGACCUAUUUGUUAGGCAAUGUUCAAUCGUUUCUGCAACAUUCAGGUUAAACAGAACACAAUACGAUCUGUCCUCGGGAGUGAAACAAUGUUCACAAAACUUUGACUGCACUGUUGACAUAAAUCUCGUUCAUCCUCAAACGGUUGUAGUCCAAAUUCCUGACUAUGCCUCAUUCGAUUCUGAUAUAAAUGUUUACUGCACUCCUCGUGCAUACAUGUACUUUAUGAUAUGUGGCCUUUGCCCGGCAGUGAUCGGUUUAGCAAUCACAAUAGUGGUCCUUAAAUUAUGGAAAAGGAAAUUUCGUAGGCAAAGAAGAGACAGUCUGGUCCACAUUGUAUCCAACGAUGAACGAAUGCACGGCUUUGCAAACGACAGCGCGUCCGUAGGUCCAAGUCCACCAACAUACGAGGCUUCCCAACAGACUGUCACACCAACUGCUCCUCCACCCAGUUAUGAAAAAGCAAUGACUGCUGAAGCAGGGAAAAAACAGCAUCGUGCUACCAAGGUGACAACUAAAUCCGCUACUACUGGGCUACCUACCCAACCCGGAGCUACAAGGACACCUACUCAAUCCGCUACUUCUGGAGUAACUACCAAAUCCGCUGCUUCUAAAGUUACAUCCAAAUCCUCUGCUACUAAAGUAACUACCAAAUCCGCUGCUUCUAAAGUUACAUCCAAAUCCUCUGCUACUAAAGUAACAAUCAAAUCCGCUGCUGCAAGUUCAACUACAAAAUCCGCUGCUGCAAGAGUAACUACCAAAUCUGGUGUUGCUGGGCAAGCAAGGAAAGACAAUGCUGCAAAGGCAACACAUAAAAAUGAUGCUACAGUUAUACCAAAAACAACUGGCGAUAUUAAUACAGACAAUGAAGAAAAAAACACAAAUUAAUAAAUAUGGUAGAACAAUUUUGAAAACGACAACAUUGUGUUUUUGUUGUGAUCUAUAUACUUUUCAUAUUCAUAUCCAUUUCCUUGUCAAUAUUCAAUAGCAAGACAUAA